AUGGCUGGACACAAUAAACUCAAUUCAGGUACGUCGAAGCCUCAUCGCGCUGAGACUCCUUGUCUUGAUAUUAAUGUUCCUUUUCCAGAUGGCCAAUUAUAUUUCAUUCCUAGCCAAAAUUCAGAUGACCGUACGACGAGACGUUUGGCCAGAUCACAUGCUGUAGCGCGGGGCAUUCAGAACAAACGAAAGCUUGAGCAAAAUUCGGGUUUGAAUUUCCAUGCAGUAUCUCUAGAACAUAUCGGCCGACCCUCGAGCAAAAGGAGGCAAGGCCAAGCUCUUAUCAUGUCACCAAACUUCCUAUCCGCAGGCCCGUCCGAUCCGUUCCAAAUGCUUGCUGCAGAAUCGCCCAGACUGCAGGCAUUGUUUGAUCAGCGUGAGAUCCUCGCAAAUCUCAAAAACAAGGCCCAGUAUGCCACGAAGCCAAUCUUUAGUGUUUCAGACGAGCUUGUGCUUCAAAAUUUUCGCUCGGUUCUUCGGGAAGGGCUAGAUGACCACGCCCUUCUGAGUGCCAUUAUGCUCACAUAUGUAUAUGCGACCACUGCUGGAAGCAUCGACAGAGAAGUUCUCCGGUACCAGGUGGAGGCUUUGAGCUCCAUUCGUCAAAGCAUGAGUUCUCCGAAUAAGGUUACAAAAGUAUCGACACUAGGGGCCAUUCUGCUACUCGCCGGCAUAGAGGCUCGGCUUGGAUUGCCGCGCCAAGUCCAACUUCACAUGGGGGCAAUAAGACAGCUUCUUGACGUAUGUCGAAGAACGGGUGUGUACUUGAGUGACGGUAUCAAACGUGCAAUCUUCUGGUCCGAUUUGAAUGCCUCGGUCAUGACAGGGUCGAGCCGAGUUGUUGAUCACACAACCUUUUCCGAGCUUCAGUGGAGAAGAGAUCCCUUCUCCCCGAGUUACUUUAUCCUGCCACCUGGAUUCCAAUCCCAGUCCUAUUUACUGGACCGAGAUUUUGUUGAGGUGCUCAAAGAUGUCUCUGCAUUGCAAUGCAUCCGAGACUCCGCCUUAUUUUCUAGAGAAGAUGUAAUAUCGAUGGCACAUAUUGAUAAUCACCAAGCAUCUAUUCAGUCAAGGCUGAUGAGCUUACCAACUUGCUCGCUUGUGGCGGAGUGUUGCCAUCUAGCGGCAUAUCUAUGCUCAACUAUGCUGCGCUGCAAAAUUUGGCGUGCUUCGACUAUACCUUCCCACCUUUCAUUACAGCUACUAUGUAAGCUUCAACAAGCAAACGACGAUAGCAUAUGGGACGGUCGACCUGGCUUGCUAGCUUGGCUCCUACACAUUGGCGGGGCUUUUGCGCCCAUGGGAACUAUACGGUCGGAAUACGCGGCACUGUUGCAAAUGAACCGCAGAACCAGGCUCAGAGGGCUGUAUACGUCAUGGCCAGAAGUACUUGAGAUCCUAAAGCAGUUUAUUUGGUCAGACAAGGCAUUCAUGUCACAAGUCAAAGCAUUCUGGGAAGAAAUUGUGGUUUAG